AUGGUGUAUGACUUGCAAGUACGACUGUCGACACUUUCCAACCGCUCAAGAACUAGAUGUGGACUCAUAGACUGUUUGAGGGCCUGUCAGCUCUUGGUCAGCUCUCGCAUUGGCUAUCCUGUCCCUUGCAUUGCUCUGCUUCCCGUCUUCCUUGGCUCGUCGCUGGCAUUUCCAUUGGAUUUCUGCUUGGACUUGGACUUUUCCUCUCCCUUGCUUUCCAUUGGACUUCUGCAAGACGUCCUUCAGUUGAUAUCUAGCUUGGAACGUCUUACCUUGGCAGUGAGAGGAUCAGGGCUUGGCGUGGUUGGAGGACUGGAAGAUUGGGAGUUGGUCGAAGCUGACUACCAAGGGCCUGGGUACGGUGCAGUCAGGAACUUUGAGGUUGAGAGUGGGCCUCCUGAUACACCUGCUUCCUUACUUGAGUUGGGAAAGAAAUUGAUCUCUUCAAAGACGGACGGCCAGUUCCGCAUCCGCAGGGCGUUCACAGCAGGGUUUUGGGCCAAGAUCUCUUUGCUUUGUGAAGUUGCUCUCUCUGGGCCAGAACCUAUUCCUUUGAGGGACACUCAAUUCCUUGUCCUGCGUGCUGUUGGGCUUGAUCAGCCAGUGCGCGUCCUGAAGAUCGAGGAGAGAGAUCAGUUUGUUGGUGGUGAUCCAAGAGCUUUGCACUACGGUUUCCCCUCCCUUGCGGAGGUGCAAGCGUUCUGUUGCGGAGCGGGCAUCAGCGUUCCAGCUCUUUACAAAUGCAGAAGCAGCGGAUCAGGUUCAGCCACGCGUGUCAGAUUUUUGCAGUUCCUCUAUUUGCCCGACGUGGUGGACUUUUGCUGGCUGCCUGAUGGCAUGAUUUCUCCAGGCCUUUUUGCAGCUGAUGAGGGGCAUCAAACAGGUGAGUCGUUGAUUGGGCCCGGUGACACCUUCAACGCUUCGCUCUACGAGGAUACCGAUGAAGGCUUGGUGGCCAUUGGUCUUGAGGGCGUGGUGCAGGUUUUUGAUGCAGCUGACGCUCUUCUUCAACAGAUCAGAGAAUAUGACCCUGUGACUGACUCCACUGAGCCUAUCAGACCUUUCCAUGUGACUUCUCCCCAUACCUUUCCUCAUGGUGAUGUUUUCCUGUCACGAGUGCAAGAAUGGAUGAGAACUUUGGCCUUUGGAGGUAGCCUUUUUUACUCAGCUCAAGAAGACCUGAGUCCUCCAAAGGUGCCUGGUGCUCCGGUUGCGGACACAAAAAAGGCUGCUGCUCCAAAGCGUGUUACGCAAGCUGCCGUCAUGGAAAAGAUCGAUGUCCUUGUCAAUCAGAUGCAAGUCCUCAUGGCUCGGCAGGAUCAGUUGGAAAGCCAGUCAAGGGGGUAUACUGCAAACGAUGUAUCAGGGCAGCAGGCUGUCUCCGCCCGAGCUUUGCCUGCGGUCUCUGCAGGUCUGGAGCCUGCAGCGGCUCUGCCUCUGGGCAUGAGUUAUGUUCAGAAGGCCGUCUCUUUGGCGGGACCUCCUCCUCGACACAAGGAGGCAAAAGCAUCUGCGAGAGGCCUUGUGGAACAGGAGCAAGGCCAAAGUCCUGUAGCAGGAGACAGAGGAGGGCAUGGUGGUUCCAGCUUGGAGGCUGCCUUGGUGGAACAAAGUACGGCUUUGACUUCACUGGUCGCUCACUUGGCCGCCCAUACUGCCGACGGCAUGUCAGACUUGAACUUGAGCAGCUCCUCUUCCCAGACAUCUGGCACACGUGGGGUCUUACGGAGGGAGAAGAUGCAAAGCGAUUUGGCAGCCCGCAGUGGGAAUUUCUACCUACAGCUGAUGCAGCAGAUGCAUCGACGUCUGCACCCAGGGAAGCCUGUCCCUCAGAACCUGAGCGAGUUGCAAAGCCUUUCUAUGCUGCAGUAUCUGGAGCGACAAGGUGGGUUCCGUCAUCAGAGAGAGACAGGCCUUGUACUUUGGUUGAUGGGGCAUGUUGUAGAUGCAAUCAAUGCGGAGGACUGGGCUGGGGUGAGAGAGUUGGUUGCCCUCACUGUUGUGUCCCUGGAGCAGUCAGCAAUAGACCAGGGGGACUGGUCCCUGGCCUUCCUCCUUUCCCUGGUGGCAGAGCCUCCUGUUCAGAUGUUCCAGGAUCGGAUGGUUUCCAUGUCUCCACAUGGCCGGCCGUUCGCGCCGUUGUGCCCUGCCUCUUGGGCGGCAACCACAUUGGCCUAUCUCAAAGACAUGGAGACCCUGACAUCGAAGAAAUCAGAAGUGGCGUCGAAGCCAAAAGCGAAUGCAAAUCAGACAGCAGCGCCUGGGGCUGGGGAGAUGGCUUCUCCCAAGAGGAAGACGCGCUAUCCGAAGAAGGUGAAGGCAGCCGAAGAUGCCCCGAGCUACUUCUUCUUCAUCCAGGAGGAAUCGACUUGUCAGACAGGUCAUGACGUCCCGUUGGAUGAUACUGGCAUUGAUGGUUUGGAGCCUUACAGAAGCUUGGAUGUUGCAAGGUUUCCAGAUGUUCUGCAGUAUGACUUGUCUGGUGUUGACCUUAGUGCCUUUCACCUAAAGCGUGAUCCUGCUUGCGAAGUUGCCAAACUUGCCAGACUUUGGGAUGCAAAAGGGUUGCUUUUUCUUCACAAGACUGACCUUGAAAAAGAGGCACCUCAUGAGCUUACGAGGAUCUUCAACUGCCUGAAAGACUCUGUGUGGGAUCGCCAGAUAGGUGAUCGGCGAGGCAGGAACUUCACUGAGGGGAGGCUGCAGUCUGCAUCGAAGACUCUUCCGAAUGGGCCUGAUUUUUUGGAGCUUUAUGUGCGACCGAAGCAACAGCGGCUGUCUAUUUCGGUGACUGACAGACGUGAUUUUUACCACCAGUUUUGGUCAUCAGAUGCUCGUGCGGUUUCAAACAGCAUAGGCCCUGCUUUGCCUUUUUCCUUGGUGAGGGAUUUGGAUGCAGCAAAGACUCUAGCGUUGGGGGAGAAACUCAAGAAGAAGCAGCCUCGCGUUUUUCGUGGCGACGGUCUUGGUACAUCACUACGGCAGCGGUUUUCUAGCUUGGAUGACCAAGUACUGGUUUCCUUCAAGUCAAUUUUGCAGGGUGAUCAUCUUGGAGUGGAGCUGGCAACGCAGUCUCAUGCAAACUUGCUACGUGAUUUUGGCUUGCUCUCACCUGGCGUUAGGAUGGUCUCUGAUCGCCCUUUGCCUUCUCUUAUGGAUGUUCAUGGUCUCUGCAUUGAUGACUUCUUCGCUAUCAGUGUGGAGGACCGGAAAUCAGACCCGCUUGGGGAUAGGUCACUACGUGCGCUGGAGACUGCUAGGCAUGCCUAUGAUGUUUACAAACUUGAGGGCUCCCCACAGAAAGAUGUCUAUGGAGUCGAUGAGGGCAAAGUUGUUGGAGCCUACUUGAACUCUUCAAAAAAGGCUGCUCAGUUGGGUGUUUGCACUGUUGGGGCGCCGCCCGAGAAAAGAUAUGGCCUUUCGGUGAUGUCACUUCAUGUUGCACAGCUUAGCCAUACCUCAGAUAGCCUGCACUUGUGUCUUCUUGGUGGGUGGACUUCAGCUUUGGUUUAUAGACGAGCCCUCAUGGGGAUACUGCAAGAUAGUUUCAAGCUGGUGAAGGCAGACUCCAUCGACGUCAACAAACCUGUCUUGGUGCCACUACCUAGGAAGGUUGCUGAGGAACUUACUCUACUUGCAGUCCUCUCUCCACUUGCCUGCUCAGAACUGAAUGCAGAGUACAUGCCUGAGAUUUUCUGCAGUGAUGCCUCCAUGGAGAAAGGCGCUUUUUGCAGUGCGGCAGUUGAACCUCGCGUUGCUCAGAUGCUUUGGAGAUGUUCCCGUACGAAGGGGGCAUAUACUAGGCUGCAGACCCCUGCAGAACUGGUUUUGCAGCGUUUGGGCAUUCAUGAGGAAGUCUCAGAGGAGGCGGACAGGCAUCUGGUAUCGCCACAAAGGCCUUUAGCUCUGCAGUUUGACUUCGUGGAAGUUUUUGCGGGGUCUGGCCGAGUUACAGCAGCUGUCGCAGCAAGAGGCCUUAAAGUUUGCUGCCCUAUUGACUUGUCUCGCUCCGAUGAGUUCAAUGUAGCAUGGACGCAUGUUGCCUCCUGGCUCCUCUUCAUGGUUUCUGAGGAAAGGGUGAAGAGUUUUAUGGUGGAGCCUCCUUGCACAACCUUUUCCAUCAUGAGAAGACCAGCCUUGCGUGAUGUGGAUUUUCCUUUUGGCUUUCAAGUUGAUGACCCUCAGACAGCUGACGGAAAUACUCUUGCGCACCGCAGUUUUCAGAUGAUGUGGGCUGGGCUGGUGGAAGAAGUCACUGGCAUUUUAGAGACACCCUACACGUCCAAGAUGAAGAAUAUGCCUAGCUGGAAGAGCAUUGAGAGACAUCCCAGUGCUAGUUCUUGCAGGUUGCGCAGACUGCAAAGUGGGAAGUUGUCCAAUCCUGGCCCCAUAGGUCCUGUCGCCUUGGACUUUCCUGACAGAUCAACCUACAGGGUCUCUGCAUAUUCCAUUUCCACCUCUCAGGGUAGUGUCUCUUCCGAGCCUGGUUUUGCUCGACCGGGGUUGGACUUUGGCAUGGAUUUUGAUGCCACCUUGGGCUACCCUGGGGAGGGUCCUGUGGACUUUGCUUUGCACUUCUCCAUUCCCUUCCUCCUCUUUCUCCUGCCUCACAAAGCCUUUGCGAGAGUCUGGCUAGGUUGCUUUUUCCUCGGUAGGUACGGUUCAGUUUUAGCCAUGGAGACUUCUGGAUUUGUGCCUCGUAACCCUGGAGAUAUCAGCAGAGCUACCUGGAGAAGGGGCCGACCGCCUUUGCCUGCGGGUCGGCCUGUGCUGCCUGUAACUUCAGAGAAUCGAGAAAAGUUGCUGCAACAGUUUUUUCACUGGCUGGAGACCAUUGGUGUUCAACCCCUAACUAUUUUCCAUGAACCUCAGAGACAUCUGCAGCAGAUUGACGAUCUUCUGAAUAGGUACGGUAGAUGCUUGUACUUUGGGGGCAGACCCUACAACCACUACGCAGAGACUGUCAAUGCCGUCUCUGCUUACAGACCUAGACCUGCCAUAUAA